UGUGAUGUCAUCACCGAGGCCCAGAAGGUUCCGGAGGAGGGCGAGCGGAGCUGGGCGCUGAGCCAGACGUGUGGAUACUACCGGCGGUGGUGCCCGCCGGGCGACACGGAGAAGGAGGCGUGUGUAAGGAUCAUGGGAGAGAGCUGCAGUGCCCGCGUGCUCCAGUGUAGCCUCCUGAACACCAUGCAGAACCUGGAGCCUGCCACACAGACACACACACAGGGUGGGUGAGCAACACAAUGUAGAACCUGGAGCCUGCCACACAGACACACACACAGGGUGGGGUGACCCACACCAUAAAAACCCCGGGAAGCUGCCACACAGAAAAACACACACAGGGGGGGGGAAAAACCCCCAAUGCAGACCAUUCUGGGUCUUUUUUCGGGGGGCCCACACUGAUGAAACGUUUGAAUGGAAUAAAAAAAAAUUUUGGGGUUUUCGCGUUUAAGUCCGUUUUCUGUUAAAAAUUUGGGGAAAAAUUUGGACACCCCCCUUGACUUUUGAAAAACUUUUCCCCCCGCAGCGGGGUUUGGGGCCAGAGGGUUCAUCGGGGGGAAACUUGCCCCAAACCCCCGUUCGAUCGGGGGGGUUUCCCCAAAGCCCCCCUGGCGGGGGGCCCGGGGGCUGGUAAACCCUGCAGUGGACGGGGGGGUGAUGUGUGGAGGGGUGUUUGGGGACCGCCCCGGGUGGGGGAAUGUGCUCACGUUUUGGGGGAUGGGUUUGUGGUGUGUUGUGAGUGAUUUGGGGUUUGGGUAUUUGUGGGUCCUUUUUUUUACGGGUUUGUCAAAGGGGGAAGAAGGAGGGGGACCUUUUCCGAUUUAAAAAGGGUUUUUAAAAAGGGAAAAAUUUCUGGGAAUAACCGGCUUUUUUUAAAACCCUUAACCCCUUUCCCUCCGCUAGCCCCUUUGCAAAACCCUCUUUUCCCCCCCGUUCAAAUUUCAAAAACUAAAACCCAAUCUCUUUCUCUCCCCCUCUGCUUUUUCCCCGGGCUCUCUCCUAUAUCGCCUCUUCUCUUGAAAUAAGAUCAAUAGGUAAAAAAUUAAAAAAUUAGGGUCUUUCCCCUUAACUUUUCUUCUCUCCCCCUUUUCUUUUCCCUCUCUCUUCUCUGUCCCCUCCUCUCUCUCCUCUUUAAAACCCCCCUUCCUUCUCCCCCUCGCUUUUCCUCUUUUUCCCACCCUCUCUUUUUCCCCGGGCCUCUUUCUCUACACCCACCCCCCCACCCUCUCCCCUCUCUCCCCUUCUCCUAUCUUUUUUAUAAUAAAUAAAUAUUACCUCUCUCUCUCUCUCUUUCACUCCUCCUCUCUUCUCUCUCUUUUCUCUCUCUCUCAUUUUCACUCUCUCUUUCGUCUCUCUUUCUCCCCUUAUGGUUCUGUCUUUCUCUUCUCUCUCUCCUUCUCCUCUCUCUCUCUCUUCUCCUCCCCUCUCUCUCUUCUCUCUCUCCUCUCCAUCUUCACCUCCUCCCCGGGCUCUCUUUUUCAUUGUCUGUCCCCCUCUCUCUCUCUCUCUCUCUCUCUCUCUCUCUCUCUCUCUCUCUCUGUGUGUUUCCCUGCUGUAGCAUUCACAGUGAGAGCUACUGGAUAGCCGUGGUGGGGGAGUUUGAUAUCACCAAGACCGACCCUGACGAGCAGGUGCUCAAGGUCAACCGCAUCAUCCCCCAUCCCAAGGUGUUUCUCAGACAUCUUUUGUGUGUCCUGCCUGUUAACACACCUUCAUCUAUACUACAGUUUAAGUCUUAUAGCACGGCCUGUUCUUCAAAGAUCUAAUUAUGGCUAGAGCAAUGGGCUCAAUCAAUCAAUCAGAUUAAUCAAUCAACUAAUCAAUCCUCCCUCCUCUCUGUGCAGUUCAACCCCAAGACGUUUAACAACGACAUAGCGCUGGUGGAGCUGACCUCUCCGGUGGUCCUGUCAGAGCGUGUUACCCCUGUGUGUCUACCAUCAGGUCUGGAACCUCCAACUGGCAGCCCCUGUCUGGUGGCCGGAUGGGGCUCCCUCUACGAAGGUGAGGGGAAGGGACCACUCUGGUACAUCUAGCAUGGUUGGGGUCAAUUCCAUUUCAAUUCCAUUUCAAUUCCAGUCAAUUCCGGAAGUACACUGAAAUUCCAAUUCUAAUUCUCUUUAAUUAGGAAAAUGUGGAUUUGGAAUUUGGUUUACUUUCUGAAUUGACAGGAAUUUAAAUGGAAUUAACCCCAAACCUGACAUGUAUAGUAUUUAGCUGUCAUUAUUAAACCAUUAAUUCACCAAAGAUGUGUGGAGCUAUAUUACAGCUGUCUAUAUACAGUAUCAUAUUGUACAUGUUGUUAUAAAGUUGGCUAUUACUCAAGUAACUUUUUUGGCAAGGUUAUUUACGUGCACAGGGUUAUAGCCAUAUUCUGUAUAGAAAAUCAAAUGCAUCGACUGAAGGAAAUGGCUAACUUUGAAGCCAUUACACACAGUAUGAUAUGUACAGUACAUAUGGAAGAUGACCUUGUCUUGCGCUCUCUCUUUUUGGCACUCAUUAAAAAAUGAACGCCCUUACCUUUCUUGCACUGACACUCACUCUUGUCUUUCUUACUAGCACUGACUUUGCUGUUAGCUGCUUUAUUGACAAAAGGUUGCACCUACUAUGACUGUGAUAUGUGGUUGUCUCACCUAGCUACCUCAUGAUGAAUGCACUAACUGUAAGUUGCUCUGGAUAAGAAAUGUUUCAUGUAAUUACACAACUACUUUCUGUCCAUCUCCCCAGAUGGUCCGUCAGCUGAUGUGGUGAUGGAGGCUGAGGUUCCCCUGCUGCCCCAGAGUACCUGUAGGAGCGCCCUGGGCAAGGAGCUAGUCACCAACACCAUGCUGUGUGCCGGAUACCUCUCUGGAGGCGUCGACUCCUGCCAGGUAGGUGCCACUGGAAUUACGUUUAUGGAAAAUAAUACCCAGGUCACUUCCUAAAAUUUGUCAGAGCAAUAAGAGUUUUUGAUUGUCUUGCAUUUGUUUUAAUGUAACAGGAAUUGCCUGACUAAAACUACGUCUUACAGUAUCCUAUGUAGUAGAAUUAUCCCAUAAUAAUCCUGUGUAUACCGACUGAGAUAAGGAUAAUACUAUACCGUACUCAGAGUAAUGGGACUAGCAGACUUAAGAUUGGCUUUGCAUUUGUUUAAAUGGAACAGCAACCUUCUGACUGAAGCUACAAAACAUGUCUUGCAGUGUAUCAUGUUUUAGAGGUAAUCCAGCUCUGUGCUCCUGUGAAGUUAUACUGUGAUGAGUUAUACUGUGAUGAGUUAUACUGUGAUGAGUUAUACUGUGAUGAGUUACACUGUGAUGAGUUAUACUGUGAUGAGUUAUUCUAUGAUGAGUUAUACUGUGAUGAGUUAUACUGUGAUGAGUUAUACUGUGAUGAGUUAUACUGUGAUGAGUUAUACUAUGAUGAGUUAUACUGUGAUGAGUUAUACUGUGAUGAGUUAUACUGUGAUGAGUUAUACUGUGAUGAGUUAUACUGUGAUGAGUUAUACUGUGAUGAGUUAUACUGUGAUGAGUUACUCUAUGAUGAGUUAUACUGUGAUGAGUUACACUGUGAUGAGUUAUACUGUGAUGAGUUAUACUGUGAUGAGUUAUCACUGUGAUGAGUUAUACUGUGAUGAGUUAUACUAUGAUGAGUUAUACUGUGAUGAGUUAUACUGUGAUGAGUUAUACUGUGAUGAGUUACUCUAUGAUGAGUUAUACUGUGAUGAGUUACACUGUGAUGAGUUAUACUGUGAUGAGUUAUACUGUGAUGAGUUAUACUAUGAUGAGUUAUACUGUGAUGAGUUAUACUGUGAUGAGUUACACUGUGAUGAGUUAUACUGUGAUGAGUUACUCUAUGAUGAGUUAUACUGUGAUGAGUUACACUGUGAUGAGUUAUACUGUGAUGAGUUAUACUGUGAUGAGUUAUACUGUGAUGAGUUAUACUGUGAUGAGUUAUACUGUGAUGAGUUAUACUGUGAUGAGUUACUCUAUGAUGAGUUAUACUGUGAUGAGUUACACUGUGAUGAGUUAUACUGUGAUGAGUUAUACUGUGAUGAGUUAUACUGUGAUGAGUUAUACUGUGAUGAGUUAUACUGUGAUGAGUUAUACUAUGAUGAGUUAUACUGUGAUGAGUUAUACUAUGAUGAGUUAUACUAUGAUGAGUUAUACUAUGAUGAGUUAUACUGUGAUGAGUUAUACUGUGAUGAGUUAUACUAUGAUGAGUUAUACUGUGAUGAGUUAUACUGUGAUGAGUUAUACUAUGACGAGUUACACUGUGAUGAGUUAUACUGUGAUGAGUUAUACUAUGAUGAGUUAUACUGUGAUGAGUUAUACUGUGAUGAGUUAUACUAUGAUGAGUUAUACUGUGAUGAGUUAUACUGUGAUGAGUUAUACUGUGAUGAGUUAUACUAUGAUGAGUUAUACUGUGAUGAGUUACACUAGGUACAGUAGACUGGUACUUCAUAGCUUUAAUACUGUGUGUGUCCUGUAGGGGGAUUCUGGAGGCCCUCUGAUCUAUGAGGACCACGUGUCAGGUCGCUUCCAGCUGCAGGGCAUCACGUCCUGGGGAGACGGCUGUGGGGAGAAGGGCAAGCCUGGGGUCUACACACGGGUCAGUGCCUUCUCUGACUGGAUACUGGCCGAGAUACUGAGUGAGUCACAUUAACAGUAUCACCGAUAGCCACAAUACUUGUCACAGUCACAAGACAUAGACAUAGAUAUAGAUAUAGACAUAGACAAAUACAUAGAUAUAGACAUAGACAUAGAUAUAGAUAUAGAAAUAGAUAUAGAUAUAGAUACAGACACAGACACAGACAUAGAUAUAGACAUAGACAUAUAUAUAUAGAUACAGACAUAGAUAUAGACAUAGACAUAGAUAUAGAUAUAGAUAUAGAUACAGACACAGACACAGACAUAGAUAUAGACAUAGACAUAGAUAUAGAUACAGACACAGACACAGACACAGACAUAGACAUAGAUAUAGACAUAGACAUAGAUAUAGACAUAUACAUAGACAUAGAUAUAGAUACAGACACAGACACAGACAUAGACAUAGACAUAGACAUAGAUAUAGAUAUAGAUACAGACACAGACACAGACACAGACAUAUACAUAGAUAUAGACAUAGAUAUAGACACAGACACAGACACAGACAUAGACAUAGAUAUAGACAUACACAUAGACAUAGAUAUAGACAUACACACAGAAAUUGAUAUAGACAUAUUACUUGUUUAUAUAGCAAAUGUUAGCUCUGGUUGUCUGGCCAUAAAUCUGGAAAAUGUAUAUCCUGUGAUUAAAAAAAAGGUGAUAUUGUACUCAACCAAAUAAAAACAGACAUAAAAAAAACUGUUUUCUCUACUGUUUUGCCUAAUCAGCAUUCUAAUAUCCACUGUCCCUUCUUCUUGGUUCACCAAGUGUCCUCUGGGGGCCGGGAGCCGACAUGUCCUGAGCUGCUGAAGAUGUCCGAGCUGUCGGAGGAACAGCAGAGGUCAGAGUUCAGCUCUCUGUGUCGUUUCUACGUCCAGUCCUGCCCCCCAAGCCAGGGGGCUGCUGCCUGCAACCGCCUGGCCGAGGAGAAGUGUCUCAGCCGCUUCAAGAAGUGCCGUAAGUGUUUGACCCGUAACGUUCACAGCUAUUUUUCUGUUUUACUAUGACAUCAUGAAGAAACCUGAAGUGAGCAUGAGGACCCUGAACUCUCGACUGCCCUAAGUGGAGUGUAUACAUUUUUGUUACAAUUAAUGAUACAUUUAAUGAUAUAAAACCUCUAUUGUAUGCAGCAAUAAGUAAUGAUGAUAUUAUUGUUGUGAUGCAGAUGGAUAUUGGGUAUUGUAAUGAGCUAUUUCACUGCAGAUUACUCAAAACAUGUCUUUCUCUGGACUUUAAUCAUGUAUCCUUAAUUUGUCCUCUCUCCUCCUCAGAGCUGCAUUCGUUCCUGCAGACCCUGCUGGACCUUCUCCAGAGAGCAGAGGACUACAUCAGAGACAAGGUAGACCUGACCUUCUUCACCCAGACCCUGCCUCAGCUGGUGGAACACGUCUACAGCUCAGCCCUCACCGCCAAGGAGAGGGAGAGGAGGGAGAUUCCACGGGGAACAGGUACGGCACCAGCUCCCCACUGCUGGGCCCCUUCUAUCCCCUCCCCAUCCUGGCUCUGUUACUCUCCUACAUUCGUCUUAUCCCCCACCACACACCCGACUACUACUACCCUACUACCCUACUACCCUACCACCCUACCACCCUACCACUGUACUACUUACCAUCCUAGCACUGUAACCCCUGCUACCCCACCCACAUUCCUCCUCAACACCAUGUCAAAACACCCACACUCAUACUUUCCCCCCUCAGUUUCUAUAGAUAAGAAUCCCAUGUAUUAAUUGUAUUUAUUAUUAUUAUUAUUAUUAUUAGUAUUAGUAUUAUUAUGAUGUAUUUAUUAUUAUUAUUAUUAUUAUGUAUUUAUUUGUAUUAUUAUUAUCAUUAGUAGUAGUAUUAUUACGAAGUAUUAUUAAUAUUAUUUUUAUUAGUAGUAAUAGUAUUAUUAUUAUUAUGAAGUAUUAUUGUUAUUAUUAUUAUUAUUAUUAUUAUUGUUAUUAUGAAUACAGAAGUGUGUGUCCCAUGGCUGCAUGUGUGUAACAGGGGUAUUAUUUGUUAAAGAACAGGUAGGGGGUGCUGUCCGGUCAGGUUCAGAGGAGAUGGGUCCUGGGCUGUUCCAGAAGGUUGGCCCCCUGGUGGCUGACUGGGAGAACUACCUCAGGGGCAUUGCUGAGGAGCUGGACACACAGACACAUGGACAGACAGAGGGACUGACAGAAGGACAGACACACGGCUCCAAACCACUGAGCCAAGAAGGGAGUAUUUUCCUCCAGGUAGGCUAUAGUGAACUCAACUCUUCUUUAACACUUUAAAAGGUUUGAUAGGGUCAUUUUCAGUCACUUUGUCUGUCUGCUACAGUAUAUGAUCGUCUCCCAUGAGGACCCUGUGUUGUACUAUUUUACUGUAUAUUCAGUAGCUAUAUCAACAUUAUAGUUUGCUUUACUGGUGUACUAUGCUAUACUGUUGCCAUACAGUAGCCUAUAUGUUAGUCUGUGCUUUACUAUACCAGUUUCUAACCCUGUUUCUGAUGUAAUUUCCAGGCAGAGGACCCCUCUCUCCGUCAGUUGGAGGGGAAGUACCAGACCAUGAUCUGGGCCUUACGCUCCAAACUGGACUCCAGACUCACUCCUUCAAUCCUGCACCUGGAUACAGCCCUCCUACAGGAAGACUCUUCCCACAUUCCUGUUUUUCCCACCGGAGAGUCACCCACCUCAUUCCCCCCUCUGGAAUCUAAGGGGUCGGAAUCUCUCUUCACUGCCCUCAUCAGUGAAAUACGGAAAUUUGGGACACAGAAAGAAAUGACUACAGAAGAUGCAGAACUUAGUGUAACGUCUUUGGAGGAGGACACGUUUUCUGCUGUCAGUUCAGUAGACCCUUCAGAUUGGCUUGACAAAGCUGUGACAGAACAGACAACGUUACAGCGGCUAUUCCUGUCUUUGUCCACUGUCAGCAGCGUUGCUCUGUCUCCCAUAGCAACAACCUCUGAUGCCAGACAGACUCUACUUCCUGGUUCUCCCUCCCUCCGGCUUUCCCUCGACCACAGGAGACACAGGAGUCUCCGCAAGAGGCAGAUACCUGGGGUUAACGGUACAUGUCACAGUUAGUUCUAUAUGUCUCUGUAAUAUAAUGGCAUAAUAAAUAAAUAUAAUAUAAUACAAAUAAUAUAAUAAUAUAUAAUAAUAUAUCAUAUGUUUCUGUACUGUAUGUGUCUGUGAUUGUAAGAUGGAACAGCCUCUGUAAUCAAUAGUGUCACGUUAUUACCACCCUGAGUUUUUCCUGAUCAUGUGACAUGACUAGGACAAACUCUGGUCCCUAGAUAGAGUGAGACUAAACAUAAGGCUUGGAGUUUUUCCUGGUCAGGUCUCCUAUAUCCCCAGGUCUCCUAUAACCCCAGGUCUCCUAUAACCCCAGGUCUCCUAUAGGCCCAGGUCUCCUAUAACCCCAGGUCUCCUAUAACCCCAGGUCUCCUAUAUCCCCAGGUCUCCUUUAACCCCGGGUCUCCUAUAGGCCCAGGUCUCCUUUAACCCCAGGUCUCCUAUAGGCCCAGGUCUCCUAUAUCCCCAGGUCUCCUUUAACCCCAGGUCUCCUAUAACCCCAUGUCUCCUAUAACCCCAGGUCUCCUAUAGGCCCAGGUCUCCUAUAACCCCAGGUCUCCUAUAACCCCAGGUCUCCUAUAACCCCAGGUCUCCUAUAGGCCCAGGUCUCCUAUAACCCCAUGUCUCCUAUAACCCCAGGUCUCCUAUAGGCCCAGGUCUCCUAUAACCCCAGGUCUCCUAUAACCCCAGGUCUCCUAUAACCCCAGGUCUCCUAUAGGCCCAGGUAUCCUAUAACCCCAGGUCUCCUAUAGGCCCAGGUCUCCUAUAACCCCAGGUCUCCUAUAACCCCAGGUCUCCUAUAACCCCAGGUCUCCUAUAGGCCCAGGUCUCCUAUAACCCCAGGUCUCCUAUAACCCCAGGUCUCCUAUAGGCCCAGGUCUCCUAUAACCCCAGGUCUCCUAUAGGCCCAGGUCUCCUAUAACCCCAGGUCUCCUAUAACCCCAGGUCUCCUAUAACCCCAGGUCUCCUAUAACCCCAGGUCUCAAACUCUCAUAGAAUGUGUGUACUGUAUAUGUGUUAGCAUCAGCAGUAUUGGAUAUUAGCAGCAUAAUAACAGGUUGGAUGUGUGUGUGUGUGUGUUUGACAGCUUGUCCAGGAGUAGCAGAGCCUACCCAGCAUGUAAGUGGAAUCAGAGACACGUACAAGUGGGUCCUGGGCAUCCCCACCAAGAACCUCCACAUGAACUUCCAGGAGGUGAGCUUCACUCUACACUUCAAUACAGGGUAUAUUUAGAAGGGACAUAUUAUGUAGAGAUUGUGAUUGUGAUUGUGAUUGAGAUUGAGAUUGGGGUGGGGAUUGGUAUUGGGGUGGGGAUUGGUAUUGGAGUGGGGAUUGAGAUUGUGGUGGGGAUUGGUAUUGUGCAUAUAACAGGGCUGGGCUCAAUUCAGAAUUGAAUUAAGAAUGCCUCAUAAAUUCCAAUUCAAUUCUUGAAUUUGAGAGCAGGAUACAGAAUUGCUAUUGAAAUGAAAUCCAAAUGCCUCGUCUAUCCUAUAUUAGGUGUAGUCUAUACAAAUAUACUGUACAUCUUGCACAUAAAACAUCAAACAUGUUGUUAUAUACAUGCAUAUACUAUGUUGUUGAAACAACAGAUUUUCAGGACAAACUCUUAAAAUGAAUGAUCAAGGGGGAAAAAACCUGUAUGCGAAUAUUCUAAGUUAUUAUAUUUCAUGAAUCACUUCAAUUUUGUUCAAUAUGGGGAAAAUACUACAUUUCCUAGAAUGCAUUAGUUUAACCCUCAAGUUGACCCUGAGGCCUUCAAAAAGAAGCCAAACAAUAAAAUGGUUGGUGGAAAUAUAAUUGGCUAUUCUAAGCACUAAGGUUAAAAUAAUAUAUGAACAUUGUUUCCAGAGAAAUUUGAUAUAUUCUUUGGUAUCUGGAAGUGUGACCUGUCAGAUUCAAUGAAACUCUCAUGUUCUAUGACUGAGUGGAAUUUAUUUGAAUUGCACUGAAUGAAAUUAUAUUUCCUGUCACUCAAACUCUAAUUCUAAUUCUACAUACUGUGGUGGUGGCAAAUUCAAUUCUAAUUUCAACUCAUGAGUUGAAUGGGAGUCAAUUCCAAACUUCAGAAUUGAGCCCAACCCUGGCAUGUAAUGUCAAAGACAAGUCAACUCAAACCACUCUGACUUUUCACUGUAUAACUGUUUCAUCAUGACCUGUAUUGUUGACCAACGUUCCAUUCUCUCUCUCUCUCCCCUUCUCUCGCUCUGUCUCUCGCUUUCUCUCUCUCGCUCUCUAUCUCUCUCCUCUCUCUCUCUCUCUCUCUCUCUCUUCCUCCUCCUCUCAGGUGCUAGUAGACCUGAGCUCUAAGAACGAUCGGGGUCUGUACGAGGCACGGGUCAAGGCGGUGGUGGGGGGUCGACCUCUGACCUUUUACAGCCUGGUGGGUCUGGAGAACGAGUCCUUCUACCGUAGCAUGCCGCGCAUCAUCGCUCUGGCGCUGGACGCACUCAAAACA